GAAAAAGUGCUGUAAGGGUUUUAAGUUUGUUCUUGGACAGUGCAUCCCUGAAGACUAUGAUGUCUGUGCCGAAGCUCCCUGUGAACAGCAGUGCACCGAUAACUUCGGACGAGUCUUAUGCACUUGCUACCCUGGGUACCGCUAUGAUCGGGAGAGGCACAGGAACAGGGAGAAGCCGUACUGCCUGGAUAUCGACGAGUGUGCCGCGAGCAAUGGAACGCUGUGCUCUCAGAUCUGUGUCAACACCGUGGGCAGCUACAGGUGCGAGUGCCACGAAGGCUAUACGCGGGAGGAGGACGGCAAGACGUGCACCAAAGGAGAUAAAGCUGCACUUCCUGAGAAGUCUGAAAUUGUGGCAAAAUCAGGGACAUGCUGUGCCUCUUGUAAGGAAUUCCAUCAAAUAAAGCAGACGGUUUUACAACUGAAGCAAAAGGUUGCUUUGCUACCAAAUAACGCUGCUGAUCUUAGCAAGCAAAUCACUGGUGAAAAAGUGCUUGCAUCUAAUGCAUAUAUCCCUGGCCCCCCAGGCCAGCCUGGCCAGCAAGGCCCUCCAGGGGCUCCAGGACCAAAAGGGAGUCAAGGAGUUCCUGGGUCACCUGGACCUCCUGGACAGCCAGGCCCUCGUGGAUCAAUGGGACCUAUGGGCCCAUCUCCAGACAUAUCACAUAUUAAGCAGGGCAGGCGGGGCCCCGUGGGCCCACCAGGAGCCCCGGGGAGAGAUGGGAGCAAGGGGGAGCGAGGCGCACCAGGACCAAAGGGGAUACCUGGCCCACCAGGUUCAUUUGAUUUCCUGUUGCUGAUGAUGGCAGACAUCAGGAACGACAUCGCUGAGCUGCAAGAGAGGGUGUUUGGACACAGGACUCAUUCAUCAACAGAGGAGUUUCCAUUACCUCAGGAAUUUACAAACUAUCAUGACACAGUAGAUUUUGGAUCUGGAGAAGACUACAAACCACGGGCAGCACCCAGAGACUCCAGGAUACGGAAAGCAGCCCAUCCUUAG